AUGGCUGAGUGUUCUUUUAAGCUUUAUUCUAGUAAAGAAUGCGGUGUGUCCAGACGAUACUCUGCACAAACAGCCAUUGUGCCAUUAAAAACGUGCACAAAAGACGUUUUACCUCACCUGAGAGGUUGCUACAAAACAACGGCUAAAGGAGUAGAUUUUGAGUGGAGACUCUGCCUCUACCGAGCAGGACUCUUCCAGGGUCCGUGCACACUUCGGCCAAUCUAAUUUUCCAUUUUUCCAACAAAAACGGAAAAAGGAAAUAUUACUUAUCCUUAUCAUAUUUACAUACUUUUAAGUACGGACAAAAAUAGAAAAAAAGAAAAUGGUCAGAAAAAUCGAUCAUUUUUUCAUUUUUCUAAUUUUGAAGUCCGCUUCAAAAAUACAAAAAAUACUAUAAACGGCUAAAAGCGAUAUUUUGCCAUUUUUCAUUUUCUUGCUAUUGUUAGAAAAUGAGAAAAAUGAAAUAAUCUCUGAUUCCUAACCCAUUUUCUAUUUUUCCGUUUUUCCCAAAAAAUAGAACAGAAAAAUGAAAAAAUGAUAUCUAUUUGCACCAUUUUUUCAUUUUUUCCAUUUUGCUAAAAAAAUGAAAAAAUAGAAAAAUGGCAUAGACAUCGUCCAAUUUUCCAUUAUUCUAUUUUCACAUGAAAAAUAGAAAAAUGGCACAAGUAUUUCGACGAAAAUUUUCAUUUUUUUCCAUUUUAAUCGAUCGUAAAUUUGAAAAUUGAAUUAUGAUAUGCAAUUUCUGACCAUUUCUUUUAAUUUCUGUUUGAAUAAAAAAAUGAACUACAAACGUACAUACCGUCCAGUUUUUCAUUAUUCCAAUGAAAAAAGGUAAAUAAAUUCGACCAUUUUUUGACCCCUUGUACCUAUUUUACAAGUUCCCAAAAGUUAAUAACAAAAGAAACCGCGCAAAAAUUACAAAAGAGCAUUUAAUGCAACACGUGACCCAGCUGGCAUCUCUCUUUCCCGCCAAAUUUCAGUCCGGUCAUUUGGCAGUUGCCGUAACGAGAAGCCAUGGAUCUUGGGCCGUCAAAACAAUUUGUCUUAUGGAGAGGAGAGAAGAGGCUUGUAAUGCAGGGGCCGAUCCAGGAUUUUUUUUAGGAGGGGGUGCACUCGUCUCUUGCUCUACUUCAACACCAAUAAACCACUUUUUUUGCAGAAUAACAGUAUUAGAAAACCGCAGGUCAUCUCAGGGGGGGCGCACCCCCUGCACCCUCCCCCUGGAUCCGCCCCUGUAAUGGGAGAGGAUGAUCUCCAGAUAAGCAAAAUUUCGUCCGUAUGGUGAGUUCACAUAUUCCACUGCCAUUUGUCAAUGAUGGUCUUCGUUGUGUUCCUUUAUCGACCAGCUCCCCAACUUUUUACAUGCAUAGGGCUGCCCUUGAAUGGUUUGUCUUUUUAAUGAGCUUUGCUUGUAUAUAUUAUAUGUGACUAACUGACUUCUCUAAAGAACUUACGUAGACCCAAGAGCCAUAUGGCUCUUGGUAGACCGUGUUAAGCUCUCGGCUAGCUACGUACAGAAUGUACAAUCAUGAUUGCUUCUCAAAUUAUUUUAUUGCAUAUUUGAGCAGGGAAUUUACUGAGUCAAAUGGAAGCAACUCCGAUAGAAAAUCGAUUAGAAUAAGACUUAUUCAUACACAUAGACUCAUCCUUUAUUUCCCUAUAAUAAUUAUUCUCAAUUUUACAGCUAGCACAACAGAGCGUGCGAGUGCCUUUAGACUACUCAGUACUUUCCCACGCUUUUGUUAAUGAACGAAAUUUGCCAAUACGUACUAGUACCAUAGCUAGGAGAAGAGAAAUUUACAAAGAAUUGCAGUAAAUAUAAGCAAAAAAACACAAGCAAAAAUGAUAAAGCAUCAAGCAAUGAGAUCUUAAAUACAUCUUUUUAGAAACGGACUAGCUUUUUUAACAUCGGCAUUAUAUGGGUUGCGGAAUUUACUGCACGUGCACUUGACAAUGAAGUAUGUACCUCUGUCAUGGAACGCGUCAUGCCCAUAUUGUUUAUUUUGGCUGAAGAAAAAAAAACACUUAUAAACCUUUCAAACAUUCAGCAAGUUUUAUUUUAAAAGAGUUUGUAAGAUAAGCGGCUGUACGCUGUGUAAUCGAUUGCAGACAUGUAAGUGAUAUUUUUGAGGGUCUGUCCCCACCCCACCACCCCAGCUCGCACUUCCCCCUCCCAAGAAGGAUAUUUAAGCUGACAUAAAGGAUGAUACAUUUUGAAUUAUUUCCUUUGCAACACUUUUUGCCUUAAAAGAGUGUUGCUCAUAAAAUUGCACACAAAAUUAUUUUUGCCACAGUUUUUUUAAGGUAAACAACAAAACUCAAUUACGUUUACUAAUAGCUGGAUUAGUAAUGUCUUGUAACGAAACAGUUUUGAUAGGAGUAGAGCUGAAUUUGCCCGGGGCAAAUUACCAUUUUGGAAGGUGUCUCUCGCCUGUUUCCCUUGCCCAAGCCACCUUCCGGGUCUCGUAUCCCAUGGGUUGUGCACCAAAACCCAAGCCGGAUAGUCCUCGCGCGCUUCCCAUAAAGCGUUUGCAAUGCAGGCUAUGAAAACUAUUUGGAAUGUUGAAAUUGCACCUUCAAGCAAUUAAGUUGCUCGUGGCUUUUCCUUUUUUAUACUGUAAAUUACUUAUUUCACCAUUAUUUUCAGAUUGUUCCUGAAACUUUGUACCUUGAGGAUGACUUUACCAGAAUUGCUAGAUUCCCUUGUGACAUCACAGGAGCAUUUGACGCUACAUUUUGGCAGGACAAGCUUACACUCCAAGUUAUGGGAGAAAGCUCUAAUGUGCCCGGUCUUUGCAAUGAAGUCCUGAUUCCUUCACCGCAGCAGUUUGGCAUCGGGCGUUCCACAGCAACCGCAACACAGGUUAAAGCUCACACUAGUGUCAGCAGCAAGUUGUCUUCAUUUCAGGGAAAAAGGAAAAAACAAGGCAUCACCGAGCUUUAAAAGAGUGGUCUUCUUAGCGCAUUUUGAAGAUAAAGAAAUUGUGAAGACCCACACAGCUCAUUUGAGGUUAGCUCCGGAAGAAUGCAACGUCAACGACGUAGCAAAGUUAGUGAAAGAAUAUCUGAAUAUGGACGAGGAUUUAGUGAUCAUGGACGUCCAUGGCUUUGAAAUAAUGGACAGUGAGUCGACAAGGGGUAAGCUUUUUUUAACAGAUAAGCCACUUGACGAGCUGUUUGCUGAUUGGGACGCAUAGAGAUAUGUAUGUGGUUUCAGUUAAUGACCUGAUAACAGCCACUUAUAUCUAAUUAGCACACUUGAAAUUUAUAUUUUGGCUUUAACGUUUUUCUUUAUUUAACUUCUCCCUUGAUGUCCACACAGCCACCAUCAGCCAAAUGUGUUCCCAUACAGUGUCACUAACUCACAAGAUCUGAUAAGCACUUCUACUCUUUUAGUUGCUUUACAUUAAUUUUCAUUGCACGUUAAAUUUGGGUUAUAUAUUUAGGUAGCGACUUGCUGUAAAGUUUUUCUAAUCUAUAUACAUGUCUGCUCACAAUUAUAUAUUAAGAAUUUAAGGAUAAUUUAUCUACUGAUCACUUCUGGCAGUUAAAGGGUUUAAGUCAUAAGGUUUCGAUCAGCUAAUGAGAUGCCAGAUUAUUUUUUUGGACUGACACACGAUACCAAAGAAGCGUAACAAAGCGCUGUAAAAGUGAAACUACUGUAUAGGGCAAUUAGAAAAGUAAAAAUGCUCAUAUCAAUCGUUUGAAAGUGUAUUUUUUUCCUUUUUUUCAAGGCGAGGAUUUCUGGAAUGUUCCAGCAAAAAAAAUCUACGCCAUUACCCUCUCUGAUUACCAAAAGAAAAAAAAAAAGCGGAUAGGAGCAGAGGGAAAAACAAAAGAUAUAAACCAGAGAGAGAGCCUUUGGAUUUGAAGUGUGUCAAAGUAACAGCAUACUGUCCACUAGCAUUAAAGAAAAUUUUAAGUGCUGUAUCUGUUUUAAGAUGGCACGCCCUAUCACAGUCUCUGGCUGCUGUCAGCGACUGCUUGGUUGCACACCUUGUGUAGAGAGGUGUUAUGGGUAGGAUGGGCGUUGCCCAGCAUGCAAAAGCGAUGAUGGAAGAGAAAAGUAUUUCUCUCUAAAAGGAGUUGACGACUUCGCUGUUAUCAUCUCAAAGCUCGAUGAGUCCAUUUAAUGAGCAAGACACCCUUCAUUGGAAGAAGAUAUUUCAUCAUAGACAUUUUUAGUUCAAAUUUUAGACGUCACUACCUCCUAUUUCACUUGAUGUGGUUGAAAUUCCUGCCUUAGCAUAAUUAUUGUACAUGUACAGAGCAAUACCCAUGUGUAACCAGUAGUCUGCAGUGUUCCACUUAAACUUGGUUGUCUCAGAAAGAUUGUAAUCAGACAUAGGUCAAUAGUUCAUUUUUACUUAAUGAUAUAAGGAAGGUUCCUAUUUAAUAACUAAUUCUGAAGUGGAAUAAACUUUUGUUGUUGAUGAUGUUUUUGACGUCGAUUUCCACAAAUUAUUAACUAGAAGAUAUGACACUCUUUAAAUUUGAACCGUGAAAAAAAAAACUUUUUUCAACACUAAAGUCAAAGAUUUUCAGUUUAUAAUUUAUAGAUCACGUUUAUAUCGAUUAUUUUGGACCUCUAUUCAAUUCUUUAUUCCAACGAACUUUCCAAAAGUAUUGAAGAAACGAUCUAUAACUUUAAGCGCGAGCGAGAUAAUUUGUGAGCCGCAAAAAGUACAGUACAGCAUCUUGGAAAGGGUUAUAGUUCGUAUUGGCAAUUUCAUUAAACGCUACUUUGAAACUCGGAAAGUAUUUUGUGAACUCUCUUUCUCUGGCAAAUGCUUUUGAAAUAUUGGCCGCCAAAGGAUCCCCUCCAAAGAAGUGUUCUUGAGUCAAAUCGCCGCGAAACAUCUGCACAGCUGCUUCGACUGUUGGCACUACAUUGCCGUCAACUGGAGCGGCCUUGUUGUUAGUACAUCGUCGUUGUAGUGGAACACCUUUACCUGCGCAAUUUUAAAGUAAGUUGGUGUCAGUUAAAGAUCUCAGCGACUAUUCUUCUGGACUAAACUGUCGACAUACUUAGAUAUUAGCUAUCCGCUUAUAAGGGAAGUCUCGGCGGUUUGAGAUCUGUAGACAAUCGCAUUCACAUUUGUAUUCUACUUUUUGAUGUAGUAUGACUAAUCCGGAAGGGUUAUCCUUAUUUCAUUUCAGAGAGAAUUCCCCACGCGGGUUAUAAAAAUGUCCCGUGUAUCAAUGGGUUAUCGCUUGCCAACUCACUUGCCAAGCGAACGAAAUAGUCGAACGACUUAACAGCAAUAGCUGAGCCGUACGCGAACGUGCGUUUCAUCCAAUGGAACAUUAUGAUUUUAGUCUGUUUUUAAUAUUGCUAUUUUUUUUUAUUGCUAUAGAUUUUUUUUACAGUAGGACUCCUUACCUGGAAUGGAGUGUGAAUUCCAUGAGUUGACCACGUAGCUCAGUCCUACUUCCACUACUUUCUUCGCCACCCAAGAGACACAGAACUUUGUUACUUCAUCCUCUAUAUCAAUGACACCAUCGUUUUCCAUUUGAACGAGUGCUCUCUUUAUAGGAUAGUUUGUGCGACAGUUAACCUCUACCCAGAGCCGUUCCACAGCAUGGUUCUCUUAUUAAGAAUUAUAAUAGUAAAAGAAAUACUUAUCAAUACUAGACUCGCCAAAGACUCCUGGGGGCCUGAGCACGAGGGUCAGGAGUCUCGGAAGUCCUCAUACUCGGAGACCCAGGGGCAGAUAAGGGGGCGAGGGAAAGUCUAAACGGGCGGAAAAAUAUAUAGGGAACGAAGAAAAGUAAAGAACGGCGAGAAGAGCCCCUGGGGACAAUGUCUUACCAGACCAGUUCCAAACGGUCGCCGCCGUCCUGGCUUCUGAUUGGUGCCAGAAAACUUUGUGUUUUUCUGGCACCAAUCAGAAGCCAGAACAGCGGCGACCGUUUGGAACUGGUCUGGUAAGACAUUGUCCCCAGGGGCUCUUCUCGCCGUUCUUUACUUUUCUUCGUUCCAUAUAUAUUUUUCCGCCCGUUUAGACUUUCCUUCGACCCCUUUAUCUGCCCCUUGGCCUCCGAGGAUGGGAAGUCCUAGAUUUUAGGGCUUUCCGGGUCAUUUCUGAUUUUCUGCAACGUUUCUGAUAGCGUUCGCUUGCUCUUUCCGAAGUGUCAAAGCCUGUUAAUUUAGGUGAUUCAAAGCUAUUAAAAGAGAAUCCUCCAACUUACUUUUGAAUAGGAAAUAACCGGAAUUCCUAAAAUCUAGGACUUCAAAUCCUGUGUCCCAGGUCCUCCUAGGCAAGAAUUUGUCACGGAGGACUUGCAGCCUAAAGUUAUUGUUGACGACGGGCUAGCACUGAAAACGUCAGGUUUCCAACCUGCUCUUAAGGAGUUUUAUUUUCUUUAACACCUUGUUUAGAAAACCUGCGAAAAUUGGGUUUUUCAGGUCCAUGCCCACGGAUCACGUUAGAAAACAACCGGUUCAUUUCUCCCCUCCUUUAUAUUACCACGUACCUGCUUUGACUGUGUUUGUAUGUACGGCUGUCUAGAUGUAUUAUUCCGUAACUCCUUUAAGUGAUCCUGAACCGUCAGCACUAAAUAAAAUUCCCUCCCAUGGUCCACUCUCACUUGGUCAAACAAACCAUGACGUAGUAUGGUUUCCCUAAUACUAGAACAAGUGGAUGAAGUAUCAUUAAAUUGUACCUUUUAAUUCAAGUGCGAAGUUUUGAGGGUUUUUCGAACCUGCAAAAUGUGCAAAUAAUAUAUAUUUAUGUCGGAGCUAACCUGAACACAUCUCUGUAGAUGGUGAUAUUAUUUUUCAAUGGCAUUACCCAUGUAGCAGUUAUAAAGGAACUAUAGCCAUCUACUGCUAUAACCUCUGUCACGCCAUAACGAAUAAGCUUUUCGUUUUGAUCAAGAUGGAGCUUGUGUCCAAAGUAUUGGGCAUAGUAUGGAACAGGGUUUAAGUGGCGGGUAAUCGAUGUCUGUCGUUCAUGGUGCUGGCGUGGAUUAACGCGUUUAAGUGCCUGCCCAACUCUGUUUACUGCCAGUCGCAAGCCUGUCGAAUGCUUGAUGUGGCCAGUCAUCAUCUUUCUUCCGUAUGUAGCACCAACCUUUACGAUUAAAAACCUUUGUUUAAGUAUAAAAAAAUAUAUUGAAUCGGCCAUUUAGCCCGGGGGGCACUUUAGGAAUUUCUGGGUGGGGAUGUGCCGCUGGGGGCCUGGAACCCUUAACCUUUACCAGAGCUAGUUCAGUUGAAUUUUGCUACCCUAUACUAGAGUAAACUCCCCAAAUCCCCCUAUCCUAGAGUAGCUGUGUGCCUAGUCUAGAUAAAAUCUUCAAUCAACUGAUCAGUUUCCUGAAAAAUGAUACCCUAUUCUAGAGCCAAACGCUCUGAUUUAUAUACCCUAUCCUAGAGUAAACUGCUUGAAAACCAUACCCUUCACAGCGGCACAUACCUAUAUAGCCCAUAUAUGGCAGUACCCCCCCGGGCCAUUUAGUCAAUAAACCACUUGGCGUUUGUUGCGUGACAUUGACGCAAAGAGAGACCAAUACAGCCUUAACCGCUCUCGCCAUUUUCAAGCAAAACGGAAAUACGAGCUACCAAUAAGUUAGCACAAUCAAGAAUCAAAGCUUACAUUUCCCGUGCGAAAAUGUAUUCAUGGUUGCAAGUCAAUGCUUGGUCAAAUAGGAGAGGCAACAAAAAAAUCAAACAGCAAAGAAGACACUCCUUCACAAAUAAGAAAGUCUUUAGUCAACAUUUAAAUGUAACGUUAUUUUUGGUGUUCUAAUAACGUAUUUCCUCAAAUAAUAACCGUCCCAUGAUUAAUCGCCUCCCUCGAAUAAUCGGCCCCUUUUUGUGUGAGGAAAAGAAAUAAUCGGCCUCGGCUAUUAUUCGAGGAAAUACGGUAUGCUAGGGCAGGGAGUUCCAGAACUGGGAGUAAAAAAGUAACGCAUUCCUUGUUCAUUUAGCGACGACCGUUGUGUGAUGCCUCAAGUGACGCUACACAGGUGAACAAAACGACAAGUUCACAACUUUUAGCAAACCUUAAAACGUUUGCUACAAGGAAGGAUAUCGUAUAGCUUACGAAUCCAAAACUAAAAAUGUUAAAAACAUGUACCCUCACCUCAGCAGCUGCAGAAGCCACCACCACAUCGACAGCUCCACGAGUUAAAUGGGAAUCAUGACGUCGUAUCCCAUUCGUAGCACAGUACCGGCGGACACUUCUCUCGGAUAGUCCUUGCACUCCAGGAUGCUGUUGCCUUAAAAUGUCACUUACUUCUCUAUGUGUUUUUUCCUGCUCUUCAACAAGCUCUCUUACAUAACGAACAGUUACGACCUGUUCAAUGCCCGCCAUCUUUUGAAGGUCCCGCCAAGAAUGUAACGUAUUCCCAGGCCCUUUGCCCCGACGCCAGGAAAAUGUUUUGUCGAAACAUUUGCUUCAUAAAUGUAUUUGGUAAAAUUACAUCAAAAGUUGUCUUGUUAUUUGCUGGCGAUUGCAAAACAAUCGUGAAAAUAAUAUAUAUAAGACUUAAAGGACUGCUGUUAAAAUUGUCGCUUUAAACAGUGCCCAAUAGAAAAAUAAAUUUUUAAAUAGAUUUCAUUUUUUGGGUAUAUUUAAGUUCAAAAAAAUAAUAAACGAUAAAAUAUUUAUCAACUUUUGCCAAUUUUUCAUUUUUCAAUUUUUCAUGUGGAAAUAGAAUAAUGGAAAAUUGGACGAUAUCUAUGCCAUUUUUCUAUUUUUCCAUUUUUUGAGCAAAAUGGAAAAAAUGAAAAAAUGGUGCGAAUAAAUAUCAUUUUUUCAUUUUUCUGUUUUUCUAUUUUUUGGGAAAAACGGAAAAAUAGAAAAAUGAUCUAGGAAUGGGAGAUUAUUUUAUUUUUCUCAUUUUCUAACAAUAUCAAGAAAAUAAAAAAAUAGCAAAAUAUCGCUUUUAGCCGUUUACAGUAUUUUUUGUAUUUCUGACGCGGACUUCAAAAUUGGGAAAAUGAAAAAAUGAUCAAUUUUCCUGACCAUUUUCUUUUUUUCUAUUUUUGUCUGUGCUUUAAAAUAUGUAAAUAUGAUAAGGAUAAGUAAUAUUUCCUUUUUCCGUUUUUGUUGGAAAAAUGGAAAAUUAGAUUGGCCGAAGUGUGCACGGACCUUCCAGGAAGACGAAGAUUGUUUAACUAUUUGUCCCUUACACAGAGAUGAGUUCGGAUUAGGCUGGCGACCAAGCAAAGCACGCAAAUAUCCACUGCAUGACAGCAAACAAAAACGGACCAGAGGAAUUACUAAACGUUUAUCGGAAGAAAUAUAUCAGAAAUGGAAUGUGUUGUGUCAAAUCGGACAAGGUUAGCUCAUUUUUAGUUUAUUUGACAUUGUUUAAUUUAAAGACUAAGUUCGUAAAAAAUCUCACUUCCUUCUUCGGAUCUUUUAGGUAUCUGCAUGAAAUGUUUGGACAUGCACUCGACGUUUGGACCAUCUACGAGUUCUACAUGUCAGGUAAGUACACAUUACGUCAUGAUAAACCUUACGACAACUUGAUCGUGGUUUUUCGUAUAUUUACAUAAACUAUUACAGCAGUAAAUUCAGUAACAAAAAAUGGUUUAUUAGUUGGAUUAAAAAAGGUUUCUAUUAGAGAGCCAUGCAGGUGUAUCAGCUUUGGCCGCUUAGAAUGUAAAUCUCUUUCUUGUUCCACCACGCCCUUUUGCUUAACGGCGCAGGGGACAAUGAAAACUCGUUUAUGUAAUUUUCCCGGUUGUUCCGGGAAAGAGGGUUACUCUUCCUGCCAAGUCAAUUCAAGCGAACGUUGUUAAGGAAAAAAAAACAGACAAACCAAAAAUAAGAAACGAGACACGAGCCAAAAAGAGCUUAUACAUCAGGUUGAUUGUCUCCUCUUGACGGAAUCGGCCCCACUAGGCGCGUAACUCUUCCUGCUUAGUCAAAUUUUUGAUUCUCAUUUAAAGGGUUGGCCAAGUUUUGUAAGGAAACCUAGGAACAGUUGGCUCGCCCAUGGUAGCUCGGCGUUUAAAACUUCUACCCAAGGAACGUUUUCACCAUAUAAACAGGGAACGUAAGUAAAUUUAUAACAUAGGCAACAAUCAAUUUAAUUUAAUUGAAAUUCGGGAAACUAUAAGAAAAGAGUGCUCUUUGAACAAGAUAAAAUUUAGCUAUAAAAUAAACACUUAUAAAUCAAUGCAAAGGGCUUGGCAUAUAAAAAGUGUAAGGGGCAAAAACAGAAGAAAGGUGACACUUUUUCUUUUUCUCUAUACAAAACGAAAUUGGUCAAGAAUAUAAGAAAGCCAGAAAGUGAAGUGUUUGAGGAUGACAUCGCUGAGGAACUUGAAACCAGUUUGUCCAGACCAAGACGUGUGCAGGUGGGUAGUGUCAGGUGCAUGUACUAUACUCUGUUAUUUUAAUACAGAAAGCCCCAAACAAGUGAUGAUGAUCAAGUGAUGCUCUCCCUGCAUAUGGAAUUGACUUAUUCAUGAAAAAUCUAAACCGAAAUUCAUCGUUAAUGUUGCGGACACCUGCGCGUCACGACAAAGGGCUAAAUUUUAUUUCUUUUUUCAGGUUCAACCAGGAGAAUACUAUAGACUGGAGAGUCACCUUGAUGAUAUCAUGACUCCAAUUCCUGCAUUGAUGCGAUCGCUAUGUCUAGAUGAAGAAGAAGAAGAAGAAUACCUUCCAACACCUACACCAAAUCGCGGGCUGGAAGUUCUAAAUCAACAUAUUGAAACAUUAAGCGGUAGAAGAAUUAGUCCGGUGCGCUUCCAACUCACGCAGACAAUUCAAGAUGUCGCCAGAAGCACGCGCUCCUACAUAAGACGCAAGUCAAAAGAAGUAGUAGGAACAACACUGGAACGUAUUGCACCAGGGCAGUCUAAUGAACUUCUUGCAUUGGUCGCAAAUCCAACGCCAAUAGAACCUGAACCAGUAAACAACAUUAUGGCGACCCUGCUUUCACUUUAUGAAGGCGCGACAUCUUGGUAUACAAAAAUGACAAUCUUGUCUAUUUUUGCGCAGCACUACACUAAACACAACUGA